AAUGAAAUUAGCUUCUGCAACUAAUUUGCAGUAGAAUUUCAAUUUGGUGUGUUCGUCCGCUGUGUCGUCUUUGGACUCCCUCAGGCCGCCCGUCAUGUCGUCGAAAUCUGGUCAUUUCUGGAGUUCUACUGUAGUGCUCAGAUUGCGAAGCUUGCUUCAACUUUUCCAUAAGACAGAGAACUGCCACGGCGGUGGCGGCGGCGGUCGUCGGAGUUCUCCACCGCCGCAAUCCUCCGUCGCGAUGCUUCCUUACACGCCAUGUUAUAACCAACCACCAAUUUAUCCCAUGUUUCGGUUAUUUGGUUCUUAUUUCACCAGUGCUACGAUGAAACUUAACAGAGAAAAGGACCAGUCAUCUACACCUUAUUUCUUCUUCCCUGGUUGGGUAAAAUGGAUUUUUGGCUCUCUAUUGUCUCUCUUGAUACCCACUUGGAAGCAAAGUUCGAAUAAACUGCAAACUCUUGAAGGAGAAGCGGAAAUGGUGAUUGAGGAGGCUGAAAGUGUAGCAGAAGUAGUAGAAAAGGCAGCAGAAAUAGCAGAGAAGGCAUCAGCAGAAAUUGCAAAGAAACUUCCUGAGAAGAGUAAGCUGAAAGAAGCAGCUGAAGUGGUAGAAACUUAUUCAAAGCAAAUUGCCCAUGAUGCUCACUUAACACAAGACAUCCUCCACAAGGUGGAAGAAUGGAAGCAAAAGCUAGACAAGUCAGAGACAGCCAUUAACGAACAGAUCAGGAAGAAAGAAGGCCCAGCAAACAAGUGAAAGAGGAUAUAAUUAUAAGGAUCAAUAUAACAUGUAAAAAUGAUAAAUGUAGAAAUAACUUUUAUUUAUUUUAUUGUUAAAGAAAACAUUCAUUUUAUCA